AUGCAGGACGCCUGGACUGCUCGCAAAACUGAGGAGAACCAAGGCUACGCGGACCGCAACAAAUGGAAGAACUUCUUCUCCACGAUCACAGCCGUCUACGAUCCACCGACGAAGGGCACUGCUCCUCUCCUCAGCGCCGAUGGCAGUAGCCUUCUGAUCGAGAAGACACAAAUUCUACAGAGAUGGGCCGAGCACUUCCGAGGCGUCCUCAAUCGCCCUUCCGCCAUCUCCAAUGCCGCAAUCACCCGCUUGCCGCAAGUGGAGACCAACGUGGACCUCGACCUCCCGCCAUCUCUCCAGGAGACCAUCAGGGCCGUGCAGCAGCUAUCCAGCGGGAAAGCGCCCGGAUCGGACGCGAUCCCUGCUGAGAUCUACAAGCACGAUGGUCCCCAAUUAAUAGAUCACCUGAAUGCGCUCUUCCAGGAGAUGUGGCGUCAAGGCGAAGUCCCGCAAAAUUUCAAGGACGCAACAAUCGUGCAUCUCUACAAGCGAAAAGGGAAUCGCCAAGUCUGCGACAAUCACCGCGGCAUCUUCCUGUUGAACAUCGCCGGGAAGAUCUUCGCCCGCAUCCCUCUCAACCGCCCCAAUAAUCACCUGGAACAGCGCCUUCUACCGGAAAGCCAAUGCGGCUUCCGUCGUCAUCGCGCGACCACAGAUAUGAUCUUCGCCGCCCGUCAACUACAGGGGAAGUGCCAGGAGAUGCGGACCCACCUGUACUCUUCCUUCGUGGACCUGACGAAAGCCUUCGACACGGUGAAUCGUGAAGGACUGUGA